AUGGCCUCCGUGGGCAAGCCUAGCCAAUAUCGACUUGAGCUGCACUACUUGGUGUCCAAUGUGACCUUGGUGGAUCUGGACCUAGACGCCCAGGAGUUGGGAGGUGUGAUAUCUUGGCAUCCACCGGAACCAGAUGUCUCUCUUGUGGAGACCUACAGCGUGUACCUGGCUGAAGAUGCAGUUGGAGCCAACCGUACUGUGUUGUCAAAUCUAGCAGCAGGUACAAACCAGCUGUCUUUAGCGGCGGAUUUUGAUCUGGCACCGGGACUCACACACAUCCUGGUCUAUACCAGAUCGGCCCUGUUUGAGCAAAGUUCUCCCGCAGUGCUGAAUGUUUUGGAUGCGAACGUGUCGGUCUUCAACGUCAGCAUCACUGACAUUGACCUGGAUGAUGGCGAGGCAGAGCAUUGA